CUCUCGAUGGCCCAGCCGAGCCCGGAGCGGGUGCCCAGCCCCGCGGAGCAGGAGUGGGCAGGGCCCGAGGCGCUGUGCCCAGGCUGGCUGGAGGACGAGGCCCCCGAUGGCGACGUGCCCGGGGACAGCGGGGACCCUGACGGUGCCACCCACGCCUUCGAGCGGCUGCAGAACUCCCUGUGCCAGGAGGGGCUGCCCCCCACGCUGGACUGCUCCGCGGAGCCCCGCACGGGAUUUGGCCCACUGGACAUGACCGUUUGCAUCCUGGGCUCCCCCACCGCCUUCCUGCCCGUUCUGCUGGAGGGUGGCACCCGCUGCCCAGGUGCCAUGGUGCUGUGCCUGUCACCCACCUGGGCCAGCCGGGUGCCGUCCGAGUCGUGUCCCGGCGCUUGGUCCCUGCUGCUCUCCCAGGGGGUCUCCUUUAAGGUGGGGGGUCACAGCGCCCUGGAGACCUUCAUGCCCCCCCGCCGUGCCAACUACGUGACGGGCACAUUCGCGCCGUGGGACCCCGAGGGCGGCUGGGCGGCCGAGCUGGCCCGUGACCUCGACUGCCCCACGGGGGGCUCGGCCCCGCUCGCCCGACGCCUCGAGGACCUGCUGGUCACCCGCUGGGUGCUGGCGGCUCGUGCCAAGCUGCCCGUGCCCCCCACGCUGGCCUUCGUCCUGGCGGCUCGGGGGGACCUGCCCACCGAGCUGGAGGUGCCCGGGGUGAGGCUGGUGCGGCUGCAGGACCCCCAGGGCCAGGACAGCCUGGUGCAGGAGGAGGUGGGCGCCUUCCUGGGGGGCACCGCCAUGGAGCCCUACAGCCAGGUGAUGGUGCGGCCGGCGGGGUGGCGGUGGCGGGGGACGGGCACCCACAGCACCCACCGGAAGGCGGAGGGGGCGGCGGUGGCGCGGGCGGUGUGUGCCCGGCUCCGGGGGCUGACGGAGGAGGACAGCGUCCUGUUGGAGGCCAUGGUGCCCACCGCCCGCCUGCCCGUGCCCCCCCCACGCAGCCCAGCCCCGAGGCUGCCCAUGGCCCUGCGCAUCUGCACCCUGCUCUGCAGGUCCUGGGGGGACCGGCCCCAGCUCUGCCAGGUGGCCUGUGCCGUGGGACGCGCGGAGAGCCCGGUGCGUCACGGGGCGGCGCUGCCCCAGGGCCUGGACUCCAGCCUGCAGCAGUGGGGGGUGGUGGCCCCCAGCCAGCGCCAGGCGCUGGCCACGCGGCUCCGGGAGGCCACCGAGGCCGCCAUGGCCGCCCUCCUGGCCGCCGAGGCCGAGCUGAGCCCGCAGCAGCGCGGCGGCUCCCGCACCCGCACCGACAUCCUGGGUGUGGACUUCUUGCUGGCGUGCGUGGAUGACGCCCUGGAGCUGGUGGCCCUGGCCACCAACAGCCAGCGGUGCCUGGAGACCUGCGUGCUGGCCGAGGCCAUGGGGCGCGCCGUGGGGGAGCCCGCCGGGGACCUGCCCCGGCUGCUGGCCGAGGCCAUGCUGCACCGGGCGCAGUGUCACCUGGUGGAGGGCAAGGACAUCCUGCUCAUCGGGGCCGGCGGCGUCAGCAAGAGCUUCGUGUGGGAGGCGGCUCGAGAGUACGGGCUGAGGAUCCACCUGGUGGAGUCGGACCCGGAGCACUUCGCGGCGGGGCUGGUCCAGACCUUCCUGCCCUACGACAGCCGGGAGCACCGGCGGGACGAGGAGCACGCGGAGCGGGUGCUGGAGCUGGUGCGCUCCCGGGGGCUGCGGCCCCACGCCUGCCUCUCCUACUGGGACGACUGCGUGGUGCUGGCGGCGCUGGUGUGCCAGGGCCUGGGGCUGCGCGGCUGCUCGCCCGCCGCCGUCCGCGUGGCCAAGCAGAAGAGCCGGACCCACCAGCACCUGCAGCGCUGCCGCCGCGGCCGCCCGCCGCCCGCCGCCUUCGCCGUGCCCUGCCGCCGGCUGCAGAGCCACGGCGACGUGGAGCGGGCGGCGGGCGCCGUGCCCUUCCCGGCCGUGGCCAAGCUGGAGUUCGGGGCCGGAGGCGUCGGGGUGCGGCUGGUGGAGGACGCCGGGCAGUGCCACGCGCACGCGGCGAGGCUGUGGCGGGACCUGCGGGACGACGCCGACCACCCGGGCAUCGGGCUGGGCUGGGGCAACGCCAUGCUGCUCAUGGAGUACGUGCCGGGCACCGAGCACGACGUGGACCUGGUGGUCUUCGACGGGCGGCUCGUGGGCGCCUGGGUGUCGGACAACGGCCCCACGCGCGUCCCCACCUUCCUGGAGACGGCGGCCUGCCUGCCCUCCUGCCUGCCCGCCGACCGGCAGGCGCAGCUGGUGCGGGCGGCCCUGCAGUGCUGCCGGGCGUGCGGGCUGCGCGACGGCGUCUUCAACGUGGAGCUCAAGCUGGGGCCGGGGGGCCCGCGGCUGCUCGAGAUCAACCCCCGCAUGGGGGGCUUCUACCUGCGCGACUGGAUCCGGGAGGUCUACGGCCCCGACCUGCUGCUGGCGGCGGUGCUGGUGGCGCUGGGGGUGCCGCCGGUGCUGCCCGCCCGCCCCGCGCCCCGCGCCCACCUGGCCGGGGUGAUGUGCCUGGGCUCGGAGCACGGCGCGGCGCUGGCGGGCGGCGGCGGGAUGGAGGCGCUGCGGGAGCUGCAGGGCCGGGGGCUCGUCCGCCUCAACCGGCUCUUCGAGGAGGUGGCGGGGGACGGCGAGUACGAGGAGCCGCUGCUGAGCGUGGCGUGCGACGGGGCCACGCGGGCGGAGGCUUGCGUGCGCCUGCUGGGGCUGUGCCAGGCGCUGGGCAUCGACUCCCCGAGAUACCCCGUGGAGCAUUUCUUGUCCCACUUCAAAUAGCGCCGGGCAGGCAGC